AUGUUUUGGGGCCAACUUGUUAAUAUAGGUCUUUUCCUCUCUCUUUCUAUAGGAGGGUACACCCGACUGGUGACUAUACCAACUACCCCGUUCACUGGAACGAACGACACCUAUUCCCUGACUCAACUCACCGGUAUUGUGGUUGAUGCGCGCUAUGCCGAUGCCGUAGAUAACGAUGGCGCAACCCAAAUCCCACCUACAUUGCAACAAUUCGCCGAAACUUUCCAGAAAGACCUCCAAUCCACGGUAGGGAUUAAUAUACCACUCACAUCCAGCAAGACGGCCGUAGCCAACUCAAUCUUCUUUACGCUUACCAAUGAGACUGGAUUCCAUGACGCUGCCGGGAGAUAUACCUCAGAAGCAUACACGCUAACAAUAAAUGAAAAUGGUGUGAAAAUCUCUGGAGCCAGUCCACUGGGGGCUUGGUGGGGAUCGCGGUCGUUGAUUCAGGAGGCGGUUGUCAGUGGCCACACUCUUCCCCAAGGAACGGCGGUGGAUGCGCCUGGGUGGGCCAACAGAGGUGUCAUGUUGGAUGCUGGGCGCCACUUUUACCCCCCUGAAUUUCUGAUCGAAAUGUGCGCGUUCCUGUCCUUUUUCAAACAGAAUGUAUUUCACGUGCAUCUGAGCGACAAUCUCUACAACAACGUAGAUCGAUAUUCCGCUCAACAGUCGAUGGAUCUGUAUGCAGCAUUCCGCCUAUGGUCGGAUGAUCCUGCGGUAGCUGGUCUCAAUAAACGCGCCAAUGAAUCUUAUACUAAGGAACAAUUUGACAAUGUCCAACAACAGUGUGCUCGACGAGGUGUCACUAUUAUCCCUGAAAUUGAAGCCCCAGGUCAUGCACUGGUCAUCUCCCAAUGGCGUCCUGAGCUGGCGCUUGACGAUCUCAGCAUGCUCAACAUUACUCAUCCAAACACUAUUCCUACUAUGAAGGCCAUUUGGAAGACCUUCCUGCCGUGGUUCCACAGCAAAACAGUUCACAUAGGUGCAGACGAAUAUGACACAGAUCUUGUGACUGACUAUACAUCCUUUGUUAAUACUAUGCGUGACUAUAUCUCCAGAGAAUCAGGCAAGAGCACGAGGGUCUGGGGCACCUUCACCCCAUCGCAGGGUGCCAAUGUGUCCACGGAUGUUUCCAUCCAGCAUUGGGAGUUCUUUGAGGAUAACCCUUACUUCGACUACAUCAAGAAUGGAUAUAGCGUGCUCAAUUCGGACGAUGCGUUUUACAUUGUGGGCAAGUGGUCCGGUAGCUACCCAUCCACGCUGAACAAGACUCGUGUGUUCCAUGGAAAUCCCGCCGGCGGGGCGUAUGCUCCCAACGUCUUCGACACCAAGAAUGCCACCAACAAUCCUCCUCGAAAUGAUCCACACGUGCUUGGUCACAUCGCAGCUCUGUGGAACGAUUAUGGCCCGAAUUCCACUACGGUUCUUGAAACAUAUUAUUCGUGGAGGGAUACACUUCCAGCCUUGGCCGACAAACAAUGGGGUGGAAACAUCCUAGAGGAGGAAUAUGAUGCAGUGUUCGACAAGAUUCACGCCGCAGUCCCUGGACAGAACCUGGAUCGCCGAGUGACGAGCCACACUGAUACCAUACUACAUUACAAAUUCGAUAGCGACACCGACACCGUCAUUGAUCAUUCAGGAAACGGCUAUGAUGGAGUCAUGCGGGGAUGCCACGUCCAAAACUCUGCUCUCGUACUUUCCAACGGCUGCUAUGUGGACACCCCGCUAGGUAGCAAAGGGAGAGACUACACUUUAUCAUUCUGGGUGAACCCCACGUCACGGAACCCCGGCACCCUCUUUGCCGGACCUGACUCCAUCCUUCUAAGUGGAAAUGGGUCGAUUAGCAAUAUGACCCUGAUAAGCGGUGGAAACCCAUAUUCGCUAAACUAUAGUCUUCCCCUGGAUACGUGGACUCAAGUGCAUUUGGUUGGAAAGGGCAAUCAGACUCUGCUUAGUGUCUCCGACUCAAGUGCGGAAUCCGCAACGAUGGAGUUUCUUGCGCGCCUAGGGAUCAAUGGUGAAAGCCAGGUUUGGGCACCCAUUGCAAUCGAAGCCCCACUGGCACGGAUUGGGGAAGGCUUCAAUGGGAUGAUGAAGGAGGUUGUUCUACGAGGGAGUGCUGAGUAA